AUGUCUCGUCCACUUCACAGCGCACCGCCUUUCCGGGCCGAGCAAAUGGGCUCUCUGCUCCGGCCCAGCAACCUGCUGGAAGUGCGUUCAAAGAUCCGGGAAACGGGCAUCACGGAAGAAGAAGCUGGUCUCCCUGCCGUUGAGAAGAAGGCCAUCCACGAUGUGGUGCAAGUUCAGCGCGAUCUCGGUUACAAGGCUGUCACGUCGGGUGAAUUCAACCGUACCCGUUUCUGGGGCUUGAUGUGGGAUGAAUUCCAAGGUGUUACCCGCCUGCAGAAUGCCGACGCCUCCAUGUUCCGACUGUACCACCCUGACGUCGUCAGUCUAAUCGAGAAGGACCACCAUGUCAUGCCCGGAGAAUCAGUCAUUGCUGGCUCGAAAUUGUCCUGGAGUGUCGAGCAUUCUACUUCGAACCUGCAUGAGCUCAAGCUUGUCCAAGCAGCCCUCCCGGAAAACGAAUGGGGCAACAUCAAGCUCACCAUGAUUACCCCCGCUUGGUUCCAUAUGCGCUAUAAGCAGGGCAAAGCGUACAGCCCCGAGGCCUAUGCGAAUGACCAGGAGUACUUCGCCGGAGUGGCUGAGGUCUACCAGGCCGAACUCGAGGCACUGUACAAAGCUGGUCUGCGGAAUGUGCAAUUUGACGAUCCAGGCAUGGCGUACUUCUGCUCCAAGUCUUUCCGUCGGGGCUGGGAAGAAGACAAGGAUAACAUUGGCAGUGUCGAUGAUCUCUUCGAUGCCUAUGUGAAGCUUUACAACGACUGCCUGGCCAAUAUCCCUGCUGACAUGCAUACCGGUAUCCACUUGUGCCGUGGUAACUUCAUCGGUGGCCGCCACUUCGCCGAGGGUUCCUAUGAUAUAAUCGCAAAGAAACUGUUCGAGAACCUCAAUGUGGAUACAUUCUACCUUGAGUAUGAUACCGAGCGCGCUGGCGGUUUUGAGCCCUUGAAGUUCCUACCCAAGAACAAGAACGUGGUGGUGGGAAUUAUCAGCACGAAGCUACGUGAGCUGGAGGACAAAGAAACGAUGAAGGAGCGAGUCUACAAGGCUGCUGACUUUGUAGCCUCUGGUAGUGGCGAGACCCGCGAGCAGGCCUUGAAGCGCAUCUGCAUCAGUCCACAGUGUGGCUUCAGUACUCAUGAGAGCGGCUAUCCCUUGAGCUUCGACGAUGAGAAGAACAAGUUGAAGCUCGUCCGGCAAAUCGCCGACGAGAUCUGGGGUGAGGCCUAA